AUGACCUCAGCCUUUUCACCUUCAAUACAGACGUCACAACCAUCGUCAUCAUCGAUUCAACCAAAUGGUCAGAUUAAAGUGAUUCAAGGAUUGUUGUCAUCACAGCAGAAAUAUGAAAGGAAAAAUAGUCGACAUGUUAUUAAUUGUAACCACAUGUGUUACAAAUCUUCAUCUAAUACAAGUCUUUCAAAUGACAUGACACAUUCGAAGGUAUAUAGUCAUCAUAUAUCGCGCAAACCAGAAGCUACUCCACCAAAUAUCCCAAAGGCUUUGCUUUUAUCUCCACCGUUGCCUAUCCGUCGAAGACCAACUAAUAUAUUCGUCACAUCACAUGAUCAUUUGAAAAGUUCAACAAGUCGGUCAUUAUCUUCCAGCUAUCAUGAUAGAAGUGAGUUAUAUGAAGUGGCUAUCUAUUCAUAA